AUGGCGAUGCCUUCGGUGUUGAAGGAUGAGCAGGGUCGCCCAUUUAUCGUGGUUCGCGACCAAGGAAAGAAGAAGAGACAACAUGGCACUGAGGCUGUGAAGUCGCACAUUGUGGCCGCUAAGACCGUUGCCAACAUUGUGAAGACUUCUCUGGGUCCCCGUGGCUUGGACAAGAUUCUUAUUUCCCCCGACGGCGAUAUCACAGUCACCAACGACGGUGCAACCAUUCUCGGCCAGAUGGACAUUACAAACAACGUUGCCAAGCUGCUUGUUGAACUCUCGAAGUCACAGGAUGAGGAGAUUGGUGAUGGCACAACUGGUGUGGUGGUAUUGGCUGCGGCCAUGCUGGAACAGGCUUCGGAUUUGAUUGAUAAGGGUAUCCACCCCAUUCGGAUAGCCGACGGUUACGACCAAGCCUGCGAGAUCGCCCUCGCGGAGCUCGAGAGAAUCAGUGAUCACAUUCCCUUCUCCAAGGACGACACUAGCAACCUGCUCAAGGUUGCCAAGACCAGUUUGGGCAGCAAAAUUGUUUCUAAGUCUCAUGAUCAGUUUGCCCAGAUUGCCGUGGAUGCCGUUCUCUCCGUUGCUGAUUUCGAGCGCAAAGACGUCGACUUCGAGUUGAUCAAGGUCGACGGUAAGGUCGGUGGAGCCCUCGAGGACUCUCUUCUUGUCAAGGGUGUGAUCGUCGACAAGGACUUCUCUCACCCUCAGAUGCCCGAUGAGGUUCGCGACGCCAAGUUGGCUAUUCUGACCUGUCCGUUCGAGCCCCCGAAGCCCAAGACUAAGCACAAGCUUGACAUCACCUCGGUGGAGGAGUUCAAGAAGCUCCAGGAUUACGAGCACGAGAAAUUCACGGAGAUGAUCCAGCAGCUCAAGGACUCAGGUGCCAACCUGGUCAUCUGUCAGUGGGGUUUCGAUGAUGAGGCCAACCACUUGCUCCUCCAGAACAAGCUUCCUGCCGUCCGAUGGGUCGGUGGCCCCGAGAUCGAGCUGAUUGCCAUUGCUACAAACGGUCGCAUUGUGCCCCGUUUCGAGGAUCUGACCGCAGACAAGCUGGGUACCGCCGGUCUUGUUCGUGAGAUGACUUUCGGCACCACAAGAGAAAAGAUGCUGGUCAUUGAAGAGUGCGCCAACAGCCGGGCUGUCACUGUCUUUAUCCGUGGUAGCAACAAGAUGAUCAUUGAUGAGGCUAAGCGAUCACUACACGAUGCCCUCUGUGUGGUGCGCAACUUAGUUCGUGACAACCGUGUUGUUUACGGUGGUGGUGCUGCUGAGAUUGCUUGUUCAAUUGCCGUUGAAGAUGCCGCUGUCAAGAGCCCCGGCAUUGAGCAGUACGCUAUGCGCGCCUUCGCUGAUGCCUUGGACGCCGUGCCCUUGGCCCUGUCCGAGAACUCUGGUUUGAGCCCUAUUGAGACCCUUGCCUCCGUCAAGUCCCGCCAGGUCAAGGAGAAGAACACCCGCCUUGGUGUCGACUGCAUGAUGACCGGUAGCAACGAUAUGAGAGAACACUUCGCUAUUGACCCCCUGAUUGGCAAGCGCCAGCAGCUUCUGCUUGCUACUCAGCUUUGCCGCAUGGUUCUCAAGAUCAACAAUGUUAUCAUCUCUGGUGAUGACGAAGCUGAAUUUUAG